UAAUGUACUAAAAACGCUUGUUACUUUUUUGCAGGUUUACUAGAAAAUGGGGCGCUACAGCUAUAGCCAACCAUCACAGUCGGGGGAUAUGUUUGGAAACAAUGCAGACAGUGAAUACUCCGAGACGGAGGAUCUAAUCCGACGUGAUCAAGCUGAGCUAAGCUUAGAACGUCGUUCAUCCGUCAUAUACCCUCCACAACCGGAGGUGGAGUUCGGGUUCCCGCAGGUUUGCUACUGUGGUUCUCCGCCACAGCUUGUAGCGUCUAGAAGUAUUAAUGGUGAAGGUCGCUUAGUAUACACUUGCGCGAAUAAAGACGACGGAGAGUGCCAUGUAUGGAAAUGGUGGGACGUGGCGGUGAUGGAGGAGAUGAGAGCCAGAGAUAGACAUGUCCUCCAGCUGGAGGAAAAGGUAGAUAACCUGUCCCUUUUGAGUGACUAUGAUAAGUUAUCUUCCGUGUGUGAUAAUGCUAAGGAGAAAUCUGUUUGUAGUGAUGGGUUUGAGUAUGUCGUGUGUGCUAUGGUCGUUGUACUAAUUUUAAUAGGGUUGGGGAUUAUGUAUGUGUAAUGGUUUAGGCAGGGAUGGUCGUAGCGUCGGUUUAGGCAAUGCGUUUUCGUUGUUUUUUUUUAAGCCCUCGGAUGUAAUCAUUUUCAGACAUUGAAAACUUGUGUAUCAAGUUUGGACCGUCAAACAUGAUCAUUGUACUUGUACUCGGAUUUAUGUUUUAUAUCUACAUGUAUGUUUUCUAUUUUUCCAUAUUUCUGCAAUGUAUGUUUUUUAUGUACCUAAAAAUCACAUGUAUGUUUACUAUCCACCUAAAAAUCACAUGUAUCUUUUCUAUCUACCUAAAAAUCACAUGUAUCUGUUCUAUCUACCUAAAAAUCACAUGUAUCUUUACUCUCUACCUAAAAACCAUACCUAAAAAUCACAUGUGAGGAUCCUAACUACCAAGGUCUAUAAAUAACAGACUUAUUUUGAUUAGAAAAAAUGCAAAGCAUUCUCUUCUCUUUAAUUUACAUAGCAUUUACUCUCUUGCGAAAAUUUAUCAAUGGCUUCCUCCUCUCAUUUUCAUUACCACCAAGACGAUCACCAACCUGAUAAUGAAGAUAUAUUCGAAGACUUAUUUGAAGACAUUGAUGAUUUACUAGAAGAAAAUGAGCGUGUACCACGUAAUUUUAUCGACAGACAUCGGGAGGAAGGUCAAGAUAUGUUAUGGAAUGAUUAUUUUAGCGAUACUCCAACCUACCCGCACAAUGUCUUCCGGCGACGGUUUCGAAUGAACCGGACAUUAUUCAUGCGUAUUGUGCAGCGUCUCUCCACAGAAGUACGGUAUUUUCAAGAAAGAGUUGAUGCAACCGGGCGGUCUAGUCUUACUGCACUCCAAAAAUGUACCGCAGCAAUUCGUCAAUUGGCUUAUGGUGUUGGAGCUGAUGCAGUGGACGAAUAUGUCCGAAUGGGUGAAACAACUGCUCGAGGAUGUUUGCACAAUUUUGCCGCCGGAAUAAUCCGCUUGUUUGGCAAUGAAUACCUAAGACGUCCCACACCGGAAGAUCUGCAAAGACUACUAUACUUUGGGGAGCAACGUGGGUUCCCAGGGAUGAUUGGAAGCAUCGACUGUAUGCAUUGGGAGUGGAAGAAUUGCCCCACUGCUUGGAAAGGAAUGUAUUCACGAGGAACCGGAAAACCAACGAUUGUCUUAGAGGCGGUGGCAUCAUAUGACCUCUGGAUAUGGCACUCCUUUUUUGGAGCUCCAGGUACUAUGAACGAUCUUAAUAUUCUCGAUCGAUCACCCGUUUUUGAUGACGUAAUUAACGGAAUAGCACCACAAGUUAACUUCUAUGUUAACAAUCAUCCGUACAAUUUGGCUUAUUAUCUCACGGAUGGUAUUUAUCCAAAAUGGGCUACAUUUAUUCAAUCUAUCCGACUACCACAAACUCAGAAGCAUUCUGUAUUUGCUCAAACCCAAGAAGGUGUGCGAAAAGAUGUCGAGCGUGCAUUCGGAGUCCUACAAGCUCGGUUUGCCAUUGUUAGAAAUCCAUCUAACAUAUGGGAUAAACGAAAAAUAGGUAAUAUUAUGAGAGCUUGUGUCAUACUUCAUAAUAUGAUUGUCGAGGAUGAACGAUCGUCAAGAACUCAGUACAACAUUGCUGAAUUUCGAGAAAGAGAAGAGGCGGAUACCUUUACCGUCAAUAAUCCGUCACCUCUCGGCACUCCACUUGAACGUCGGAUGAACCUUCGGAAUCGAGAAACCCAUCAACGUUUAAAAAAUGAUUUGAUUGAAAAUAUAUGGAAUAAAUUUGGACAUCUUCCAAAUAACAUAUAGUUUCUAAGUUUCUAUUUGUAUUGGAA